AUGGCACUCCCAUCUUUCCUCCAGGCCUCCCUCCUUGUCUUGGCGGCCCAGCUGUCGAGUGUAGCAGCAGCGUCCAGCCAUGGCGACGCGGGCAUCGCUCAGGAAGGGGUUCAGGUGCCCAUGAUACCUAAGUACAUGGAGAACCUGACAGAAACGGCAACGUUCCACCCCGAGGGAUGGUACACACCCAACAUUUGCGAGGGAAAAUGGUGCCUCUACUCGAGCCGUGAGGUCGGCAACGGCAGGGGGCUGGUGGUGAUCACCAGCCACGACAACUUCCAAAAGAUCAGGAGGCUGGAAGUGUUUAUGAACAAGAUGCAAAGCACCCCAGGCCCAGGCGCACCUGGCGUGCCAUUCGAGGCGCGAGAGAUGCCAUCCUCAUCAAAAAGCGACAGCCACGCCGAGUCGCCCUUCGAGCUCGUGGCCACGCAGCCCCUGAAGCGCGGAACCAAGCUUAUGGAGCUCAUGCCCGUCGUCAUGGCGCACAAGACCUUCCUCAACGAGACAGACCGGGCGGCGCAGGACCACCUCCUAGAGGCCGCACUCGCCCUGCUCCCGGACAAGACCCGCGAGAUUGCCAGGGCCGGCAUGGCCAAGUCCCGACACCCCAGCGCGCGGAGCAGCCUCCGCGACGCACUCCUCCUGCACCCCUUCGAGACGGGCACCGGGGCGACGCACUGGGACGGGCCGGGCCACGGGCGCCACCACGCGCUGUACCCUGAGGCGCUGGCGGCGCGCCACGAGUGCCGCGCCAACGUGGCCUGGCACGUCGGCCCAAACCACGAGCUGCACCUGACGGUGGCGCGCCGGACGACCGACCCGGACGAGCCGCUCUCCUUGUCGUUCCUGAACCCCACCCUCCCCCGCGUCGAGCGCGCCGAAGCCGCGCGCCAGCUCUGGGGUACGGCUUGCAGCUGCGACCACUGCGCGUCGGGCGGCGACCUGGACGCGGUGCGGGCGCGCGACGGGCGCCACGCGGAGCUGGCGGCCAUCGAGAAGGAGCUCAAGGACAUGGACAGCGCGCGCGUCACGACGGGCAUGCUGGAGCACUACGUGGCGCUGCUGGGGCGCGACAACAUGCACGCGCGCAUGGCCGAGGCGUACGAGCUGGUGGCGUACAACUACGCGUACCUCGGGUUCGAGAAGCAGGCGCGCAAGUACGGCGCCCUCGCGGUCCAGGCCGCCGUCAUCGAGCAGGGCGCCGAUGCAAACGACGUCACGGCCCUGCGCGUGUUUGCGAACAGCGUGACGGAGCACUACUCGUGGCAGCGCAAGGUCAAGAAGAAGCAGGGCUAG